GAUGCUACACGAAUACACAAACUCAGCUGGACCUUUUCAGAACAGUCGGAGCGUACAGAAAUGUUAGCCAGGUUUGUGUCGUACUAAACACGGAAAGACGCCCCACGGCGACAUAGUUUUGUGCGUGGACAUGCUAAGCGGACAAUCGUUGACUAUGGACAGGACUGAACGGCUGAGGACGGGUGUUGCUCAGGUGAAAUUAACACCGUUAACUUUCCUACCAAGUAUCUAAUGGAGGCUAGCGAACAAGUGGAAUUAUGAGGAAGUCGACAAACGUGUGCAAGGAUUUAUGUUAACGCCAUGUCCACAAUAAGACUUCUGAGGCAUUAAAGGGGAAAUUCGCGGCUGCAUCACAUAUGUGAAUAAGAUGAAUGUGCACGGGUCCCUGACAGCCCCUCUCGUGGAAGUGCUGUCUGAGAUAAUAAUGAAGACGAGCUCGGCUUUUACAGUAAUGAAGUGACCGUGCACCGAAAAACACUCAAGGCACAGUGCAUGGUCCUGAUUGCAUACCCAUCUGCUGUUCCAUGCAUGCCUGUUAUAACAAUCAAUGUGAAACACAACCUUGGCGACUUAUCGUAGUGUACUCGCGCUAAUCGGCAGCCAGCUGUUUCGUGGCUGCAAGGCUGAAAGUUUUACGCACAUGGACGCACACGCGGAUGACAACACAUGAGAUGUGGCGAAACGAAUGUAAACGGUCGUCUCUGACAACGACGUGGGCAUUCGAUGGCAUUUAGAAAUUGGCGCUUUGGAUUAUGUGUGCUGGACAUUUUUGGAUACUAUCUCAAAGGCAUCGAAUGUGCCGUUCAAAUCAACUGGAUGAACUGGAGGCAAAGUAGAGAGACGUGGCACAGGACAUAAGAUCCUCAGUAUGUUUUGGGACCCUAAAUAACAUUUAAGCAGGUGCGUUUCAUCAACCAAGCAUUUUUAUUUGUGCCAGCAAAAGUGGAUGACAUGACUUUUGGAUGAAAUAUAAACAAACGACAGUAGUAAGACUUGCAUGACCUGCCAAGAAACUUUCAUCCUCACUCAUUGCACUGCUACUCAAGGUGGCUAAAAUGCAUGUCAGUUACCAGAGAAAGAAGAAUUAGUCACAUCCUCAUAUGGAUUGCGAGAAUUUUCAUUGGAGUCUAAUGAAACGUCAUCAUCCACCGAUGGAUGCUCCCACAGGUGUUUCUGGAAAGGGAGUCCCUAUCUGAAGGCAUGCUCCCCCUGGUAUGAGUGCGUGUGCAGUGGGCUAGAAGUGGAACCUCCUAGGCUCCCUUCCUUCCUCCAUCUCCACCUGCCAGCCCCCCUCUCUCUGCACACAUGCAGGCCAAGAAGAGGUACCUGCUGGUGUCUCUGGGGGCCUGUCUUCUUCUCCUUGCCUACCUCUGGGGACUGCAGAUCGGGGAGUUCCAUCAGCAAAGCCAGCAGCACCACCAUCACCAGCACCCUCAGCAGCAGCAGCAGCAGCAGGUGUACGCAGCCCACCCGCAGGCCCACGCCCCUGUCCGAGGUCCUGGCCUGCCCAGGCAGCGCUGGCCCGAGUGGGGCCACUCGCUCAGCACCUACCUGGAUGGAGUGGAGCAGGAGGAGGAGCACCACCCGCUGGCCAUCCACCAGCACUCCUCGCCGCGGGAGCGCCGCGAGAUCCGCAACAACAUCUACAAGAGCCGCCGCUGCCGCAUGGAGACCUGCUUCGACUUCCGCCGCUGCGAGAGGGGGGCCUUCAAGGUGUACGUGUACCCGCCGGCCAAGGGGGAGGUCAUCUCCGAGAGCUACCAGAAGAUCCUGACGGCCGUCCAGGACUCCCGCUUUUACACCACCGACCCCGAGGAGGCAUGCCUGUUCGUGCUGAGCAUCGACACGCUGGACAGGGACCAGCUGUCGGCCCAGUACGUGCACAACGUCCGGGCCAAGAUCCAGAGCCUCCCCCUGUGGAACGAGGGACGGAACCAUCUCAUUUUCAAUCUGUACUCGGGCACCUGGCCGGACUACACAGAGGAGCUGGGCUUUGAUAUAGGCCAGGCCAUGUUGGCCAAGGCCAGCAUCGACAUGGAUAACUUCCGGCCGCGCUUUGACGUGUCCAUUCCUCUGUUUUCGAAAGACCAUGCCCAGAAAGGGGGCGACAGAGGCUAUUUGACGCUCAAUAACGUUCCCCCAUCCAGGAAAUACUUGCUGGUUUUCAAAGGGAAGCGGUAUCUCACCGGGAUAGGAUCUGAAACCAGAAACGCUCUGUAUCACAUACACAAUGGAGAUGAUAUCAUUUUAUUGACUACCUGCAAGCAUGGGAAGGACUGGGAGAAGCAUAAAGAUGCCCGCUGCGAUAGAGACAAUGAAGAAUACUCAAAGUUUGACUACCAGGAGCUGCUCCAUAACUCCAGCUUCUGUCUGGUCCCCCGAGGUCGACGUCUGGGCUCCUUUCGGUUCCUAGAGGCCUUGCAGGCGGCCUGUAUUCCAGUGUUGCUCAGCAACGGGUGGGAGCUACCCUUCUCCGAGAUCAUCGACUGGAGCAAAGCUGUCAUCAUUGGCGACGAGAGACUCCUGCUUCAGAUCCCCUCCAUUACCAGAUCAGUGGACCAUGACAGGAUAUUGGCGCUGCGGCAACAGACUCAGUUCCUGUGGGACGCCUAUUUUUCUUCGGUCGCCAAAAUAGUAUUAACUACAUUAGAGAUAAUCCGGGACCGAAUCCAUUCGCACAUAUCCAGGGGCAGGCUGAUGUGGAACUCUCUACCGGGUGGCCUCUACGCCUUACCACAGUUCUCCACAGACCCCGCCAUGUUCCCUUUUUAUUACUCCAUGCUGGGUAAGAGCCCAUCGCUGGAGUUCACUGCUGUGGUCCAGGCCUUGACCCCUCUGCAGUCCCAGCUGCAGCCCGUCCUCAAGCUCAUCAUCGCCGUCGCCAAGUCCAAGUUCUGUGCACAGAUCAUAGUGCUGUGGAAUUGUGACAAGCCUUUACCUCCCAGAAACAAGUGGCCCUCCACCAGUGUGCCUCUCACCAUCAUUGAGGGAGAAAGAAGGACGAUGAGCAGUCGCUUUUUCCCCCAUGAAGUGAUCCAGACGGAUGCAGUCCUGAGUCUGGAUGAAGACUCCGUCCUCUCCACCAAUGAGGUCGACUUUGCCUUCAUCGUGUGGCACAGUUUCCCGGACCGGAUCGUGGGCUACCCGGCCCGGAGCCACUACUGGGACCUGGCCAAGAGUCGCUGGGGCUACACGUCCAAAUGGACCAACGAGUACUCCAUGGUGCUCACGGGGGCCGCCUUCUACCACAGAUAUUACCAUUACCUGUACAGCCACUACCUGCCGGCCAGCCUGCGGCACAUGGUGGACCAGAUGGCCAACUGCGAGGACAUCCUCAUGAACUUCCUGGUCUCCGCUGUAACCAGGCUGCCUCCAAUCAAGAUCACGCAGAAGAAGCAGUACAAGGAGACCAUGAUGCAGCAGGGCUCCAAGUCGUCGCGCUGGGCCGACCCGGACCACUUUGCGCAGCGCCAGAGCUGCAUGAACUCCUUCAGCGGCUGGCUGGGCUUCAUGCCCCUGCUGCACUCGCAGAUGCGCCUGGACCCCGUGCUCUUCAAGGACCAGGUCUCCAUCCUGAGGAAGAAGUACCGCGACAUCGAGAGGCUCUAACGGACACACAGAGAGGAAGAAGUACCGCAACAUCCAUAGACUCUAAAGGACACACAGAGAAAGAAGUACCGUGACAUCCAUAGACUCUAAGGGACACACAGAGAAAGAAGUACCGCGACAUCCAUAGACUCUAAGGGACACACAGAGAAAGAAGUGCCGGGACAUCCAUAGGCUCUAAGGGACACAGAGAAAGAAGUACCAAGGGACACACAGAGAAAGAAGUGCCGGGACAUCCAGAGGCUCUAAGGGACACACACACGCACAGUGAAC